AUGAAUUUUCCACUUUUGCUUCAAUUUUACUUCCGUGGCCUGGCUCUUGCGGCCACUCUUCUCCUCUGGGGUCUCAGUGCCUGGAAUGGUACUGUCAAAGCCCUCAUUCUCGCCGUGUAUCAUGGCCGGUUGGCGGACGACACUCCCCUACAGACGACGUACACGGGCAUCCCGCCGAUAGACCUUCCCAUCGCCCUGCUCGUGGCGUUUUUUUUCUACGGCACCAACGGCUCGGUCCCCGGGUAUCAGCUCUUCUUGCUGGAUGCGUAUUCCACGUUGCAAUCCGCGUUUAUCUGGUUGUAUGUGGAAAGCUUCCGUCAGUGUGACGAAAAGCCUCGAUGGAUUGCUCGGCCCGUCAUCUUCGGUCUGCUGUGGCAGGGAUUUGGGGCCGCCAUUUCCUUGCCCCUGUAUUAUGCGCUACAUCUGUCUUGGCUCCUGAAAGCACCACAGCGCGCCACCAGCACGGUGGACCCGCGCGGCGCCCGAGUCAUCCCCAUGGGCUACCUGCUCGGGGCGUUCUUCCCCGCUGUCCUUGGAAUGCUGCCGACCUGGACCGGCGCCGCCUCGUCCCGACUAGCUGCAGGGAACCACCAGCGUAUCCUUGCGGCAUGGCAACCGGACCCGCUCUGGGUCUCAUGGAUCAUUCAAUUGGCACUGCUGGGGUACGACAGGCUCAGCCGUCGUUCUUCUUCCCGACAACAGAACAGCCGGACCUCCUCCCGGUGGGUCCGAGGUGCGUACUUACUCGCGGCGAUCUCGUCCGCCUCAGGGCACGUUUACACCAUGAUCACGGCGGGAUUUGAUCCGCAGCUCCGGUUGUGGGAGAUUGGGUCUCCUAUUGUUUCUGGGGAGCGUGGUGAUCGGGCCGGGGGCAACCGUCUCAUUGGCACUCGUCACAAGAGAAGCAGAGCUGGAGCGAUUGAGGGAGGAACAUGCUCAUUCAAAAAUGCCCCCGUAUACCAUGGAAAUACCUGCUCUCCCGCCAAAUGGUCUUUUUUUAAGAGGAACUCCGCUUCACAAAUAAUGUCCAGCGUGACGGGAAAGGUCAUCGCGAUCACUGGUGCUGCCUCAGGGAUCGGGCUGGCGACUGCCAGACUUCUCGCGCAACAGGGGGCCUUCCUCUCACUGGCCGACAUCAAUGAAGCCCGGCUGGAAGAAGCGGCCGCAGCACUUCGCCAGCAGUUCUACCCAAGCAUUACGUCGAACGGCGGGAUGGACCCCGUUCUGACGACUGUGGUCGAUGUCCGAUCCGCGCAGGCGUGCAACGACUGGGUGCAGAGGACCGUCAACCACUUUAGCCAACCUCUCUCGGGCGCGGCCAAUCUCGCCGGCGUCUUCGGGAAAAGCAUCGGGCAGGAAGUCGGGGCCGUCCGCAACAUGACGGACGCCGAAGCAGAGUUUGUGCUCGAUGUCAAUUGUCGGGGCACGUUCAACUGUCUGCGCGCGGAGUUGGCACACAUGAAGACCGGCACCACCCCCCGAGGCCGCCAUGGAGGCAGUAUCGUGAACGCGGCGAGUAUUGCAGGCUUGAUGGGUGUGGAGCACAACGGCCCUUACGUGGCGAGUAAACAUGCGGUGGUCGGAUGGACGCGCACGGCGGCCAAGGAGGAGGGGAAGAGGGCAAUCCGUGUGAAUGCGAUUGCUCCGUAA